GGUCUGUGAAUUAUAUUCUGGUGUGUUAAGUUAUAUAUAAAAAAAUAAAGGUAACUUCAAGCCACCUCCUCGUCUGAUUGGUCCAGCAGCCCGAGAGCCGGAAAUGGAUCUGGAGAGAGAAGCGUGGCCUCUACCGUUGUCAUGGUGAUGGAAGAGUCGCUGGAUCUUCACAUCAGAUUCUGGCCCUUCCGAAAAAAAUCACUGAUAGGUUUUCAUAUAUAGUUAUAGAUAAGCAGAUUAUCGUGAAUGAAAGCGAGUGCCGGCGUGCAGAUGGAUCACAAGCGGCUGGAGAAGCCCCAACUACCGGAAGCCAGGAUUUGUAUAUGGGAGGAUCUGACCUACAGUGGGAUGGACGUCAUCGAGCAGGCAGCCAGCAUGGAAGAACUGAAGCUAGCCCUGUCUCAGCUGCUGUGUGAACCCCUGCAGACCUGCGAUCCCCGGGGUUCCAUUCUGCUCGACCUGUACGCCUACGCUGUGCAGUUCAGCCGGACCCACAGCUUCAGCAAGGAACAGACUUCGGCCUUCUUCUCCAUUCUCCGCAGGCUGCACAGGGCUGCUACAGGAACUCCUCUGGGGAACGUGGACGAGUGCUGCCAGUACUUCAAAGAGCUGCUCCUCUGCCACGCUGUGCGGCGACCUCCGUUCAGCAUUGAUCUAUUCAGCGCCGAGCAGGUGAAGCUUAUCACAGAGUACGUCAUCGACACCUACUUCAGACACUUCAAACUCUACACGUACGUCUUCACCCCUCAGAUUCGGAUGGACCUCAGCUUUACAUACUUGGGAAUGCCUGACACACCUCCAGCUGCUGAAGAGGAGGAACCUGUGGUGGAGGAGCAGCGGGUGGAGGAGGAGAAGGAACGGGAGGAGCUGGAAGUUCAUGCCAAAGAGGAAGACCCACAGGCAACUGGCAUCCGCGGAGACGACCUGCGGGAGUACAUCGAGGCGCAAAUAGCAGAGCGAGUGUCCGAGUUGAGGGUCUCGCUGGAGGGGCAGCUGAAGGUGAGCGAGCGGCAGCUUGGCUCACAACUCUCAGCCUUGGAGAGGCCGGGCUUCAGGCAGAAAGCCUCCCGGGGCAAGAAGUAGGAUGUACCCUCUCCUUCCCACCCAGAGAAAUCACAGACACCAAAUGCUUCCAGAAUAAAGUUUAUUUGUGAAAUAU